AUGUUUUCGCUCGGGAAGCUGUCAAACACAUCAGUCCAACCUGUGUAUUUCGAUAUUAGAUUGAAGUCCCCAUACAAGAACAUAUUAUUGAUUCAUGGAACUCCAUUAGAAGCAUCUCCGAUCCCAAUUUCAGGGCAUCUUGUGUUCUCCAUUCCGGAGGCUGUCGCUGUGAAGAAGAUUUCGCUCAAGCUAGUGGGCACUUUCAAGUUGGAGUUUCUGCAGGUCGGACAGCACAAGAAUUCGAGUCUUACCAGCGUAGUGAAAGAGCGCCGAACAAUCUUCGAGUGUGUGUGGAAUAACCUUUUGGUGUCUUCAGAAGGAGUCAUUACAGUUGGGCCCUCCGACAGUAGAGAUUCAGGGUCGAACGGGAGCUCACACGCAGCGUCGAGCUCCGCGUUGUCCAGCUCCUCGCUAAAUAGUCUGUUGAAACCCAUGAAAAAAACAUCCUCAACUUCUCAACUCCAUCUUCCACCGAAUGGAGUGAGUUUCACACCUUAUGAUGGUGUUGCGACCAGCCCCGGACAAUCUUUCUCUCUUAGAGAGGGAAACUACGAGCUGCCCUUCAAAGUGUCUCUCCCGCCGCAAACAGCAGAGACAAUCGAGGGGCUUCAAGCUGGCUCUGUACUCUACAGGUUUGAGGCACACAUGGAUAGAGGCAGUUUUAAAACUUCGUUCACCAAGCACAAGUAUCUGCGCCUUUUCCGCACACUUUCGCCGGAUAAUUUGGCCUUAGGGGAGGAAAUGAGCGUCAGCAAAAGCUGGCCAGAUAGAUUGCAGUAUGAAAUAUCUAUUCCCAGUCGUGCAAUUCCAGUCGGAGGCGUUACGCCUGUCACAGUUAACUUGUACCCUUUUCAAAAGGGCUAUAGACUCUGCAAGAUAGACGCCGAUUUGAUUCAAUACUACGCUUUCAAAGACCAAAGCGGACAGCUGUACGAUGACGAGAGCAUUGUUAUGCACCAAGGAAUGACAAAGUUCGAAAACCUACAUGGCUGUGACCCUCUGCAAGAUAAUCUCGUCACAGACAAGAUUGAGUUGAAGUCAUCUCUUCGCUUUCCGCAAAAUCUCAAACAAGUCACACAGGAUUGUGACAUUGGCGGCGAUGCUAUAAGAGUUCGUCAUAAGCUCAGUGUUAAGAUAUAUUUGAAGAGGAAAGUAGACGGUGAGGACAAAAGUACGGAAAUCAAGGCCAAUAUUCCAAUAUUUUUGUAUGUGUCACCGCAUGUUCCCGUCGAAGGACGCCUUGUGUUGCUGGACAACUCAGGGAAAAUCCAUUUUCGUUCUGGAGAAGGAGUGUGUUUGUUUGAGAAACAGACUACGCUCGCACAACCAACAAGUUCUGCAUCACUCAAUAAUUUACAUCGAUUGAGGGAUGGGUCGCUCACAGUGAGCUAUUUUCCUCAAGAAGACACAGAAGCACCUCCGACUUACUCCAACCACAUGUACGAUCAGUUGUACGAUGGCUCCGAAAGCUCUGCCCGUCAGACGCCAGAGACUAUGCGGAGCGGAGCAUCUACUCCAGAUCAGAUUCGUCCUUUGAUGAGAGCGACCACUGAAAGUCGUCUAAUACUUGACGAUCUCUCAAAAUCUGUUCAGGACUUAUCUCUGGAAGAAUUGAAUAGGGUGCCAGCCUAUGACCUGAUAGGAGAAGAUGCACAAGAUGAACCGGCUUUACCUUUGUCCGAGUUGACGCCUUCAUAUGAUAAUUCAGAUGAAACUCUUCCUUCUAGAGUGACUUCGCCAGAGCCAAUAAGUGUGACGCCUCACAGGCAUAGUCAUCUAUUUCAGGGCGGGCUUGCAAAUUUUGUGCGCAGCAGGUCUCGAAACCAAGACCGUGAUGAACAUUCAAUAGUGUCACCCAGCACCAGGUCAAGGUCGCACUCUGGCAGUCGUCUUCACUAA